AUGGAGUUGGAGACGACAGGGGGCGAUCGCAGUUCCGAGGUGUGGGAGAAGGCGGGCAUACCUGACGACUUGCGCCCUCUCAAUCCAGAGCUCAUCAGCCAGGGCGCUGAGGCUCGAGUGUACCAGGCCACCUUCCUGGGGCGGCCAACGAUCGUCAAGGAGCGGUUCACCAAAGCCUACCGCCUGCCUGAGCUCGACGUCAAGCUCAACCAGUCCCGCAUCACGCAGGAGGCGCGAUGCCUGGUAAAGGGACGGGCGGCCGGGGUGUGCACGCCAGCGGUCUUUUUCGUGGACCACCCGACCAAGCGGCUCUACAUCGAGCACAUCGAGGGCCAGGCCGUCAAGCACUUCCUCUUCGCCCGCGGCACCCAAAGCCCCGAGGCGCUGGAGCUCGGAGCGCAGAUCGGGCAGGCGCUGGGCCGCCUCCACAAUGCGGGGGUCAUCCACGGCGAUCUCACCACCUCCAACAUGAUGAUCAAGGAGGACGGUUCCCUCGUAAUGAUAGACUUUGGGCUGAGCUACAUCACCCGUAACCACGUGGAGGACGCUGCGGUCGACCUCUACGUGCUCGAGCGCGCCUUCACCUCGACCCACCCCUCCUCUCAGGAGCUGUUCGCGUGCAUCAUCGAGGAGUACCGCAAGAGCGCCAACAAGUCCAAGACCGUGCUCCCACGACUUGAAGAAGUGCGAUUGCGCGGCCGCAAGAAGAUCGCCUUCGGCUAA